AUGUCUUAUGGAGGUUUCACGAGUUCUCUGAUCCCUCUACUAUUAUCGUCAAUGCAACAAGAAGCAUUUUAUAAAAUUAUAUCAGAGUCUAAAUUGAUACGAUCUUUUGCUCAAACAGAGAUGCCUUUACUCCAAAAUUCACCAAUUUUAUCAGCCAUAGAACAAUUACUAAUAGUUGUCAACCAUUUAUCAUUACCUACUGAUAAAAAAAUUCACUUAGAAGAAGAGCUUAAUAAAGUUCCAGUGUUUGGUAUUCAAGUUGCUGGUGGAACUUUGGCAUGUUGGGUUAUGACUAUGCCAUUCGGUGCUUUCUAUUUUGUUCAACAUCUCACCUCAGUACAAAUUCCGAUGAAUCGGGAACAGUCUUCACUUACCGAAUUUAUGAAUGAAUUGUGGAAGUUGAGAGCAACUCUACGAAACUAUGUCCAUGUCCUUAAUGAAAUUAUAGAAAAAGUCGAUUCAUCUUUAUAUAACAUAGCUAUUUGUUCUUCACAGGCUCGAGAAGAUGUGCCCCUUUAUGAUGGAGAGUUAGGCAUUAAAACAAAUAAACAUUUAUCUGGCUCAAGUCCUCCUUCACCAGUUGUCCAGAAAAUAGCAUACAACCAGAAAAUUGAACAAGGUAUUAUUCAAGAAUUAAUUUUGUUUAUUCAAAAAGGGGCGUCCACUUCUAAUGAGGUAGUGGCUGAUAAUAGUGGACGAGACUUAGCUCAAUUAUUUUCUGAUGCUGAAGUUACGGAAGGAAAAACAAUAGAAGCUAAGCAAAAAGAACUUAUAUACUGGUAUAUUUAUAGAGAAUCAUAUCAAAACAAGGUUGCAGAAAUCCGAUCUAAAACUGGAGUAGCCGAAAAAACCGCAAAGUCUCAAGUUUAUGCCAUUAUUAAAGCUUUUCUACCCAAAGUUUCGAAAAUGAAUCUGCGCAAAAAAACUCAAAGAGCUGGGAGUGUUUAUAAGCUAUUUGGAAAAAUUAUUGAUCCUACAACUAAGAAAGAAGUCAAGGGAAUCGGUAUUGACAAGGCUUAUGGAAUUUCAUAUGGUGUAAGAA